UUAAAUAUCAUCAAUCAUUCCCUUCCUCACCCCCCUACAUAGUUGUUUCUUUUAAAGUAGUACAACUGCACAUGUUUAUCAAUUCAGUGAUUUUGAAUGGGAUGUGAGGAGGGGGCAGAACAUGGUAGAACAUAAAUUGUUUUUCAUGUCAGCUUCUGUGUGGGCUUGCCAAUUUAUGUUUAACUGGAGUGGAGGAGAAAUAAAAUCACUGAGCUUAAUGUGGAAUAAGAUUGUGAUACAUGUGGUCACAUCGUGCCAGAAUGUCUUAAAACUUUUACUUAUAUUUUUCAUCAAUUAUUCCAUACUAAAAAGCAAUUAUUUGAUUUUUUCAGAUGAUGACUAGAAAGAUUUUCCACGAAUUGCAACAAUCAUCAGUGAAAUUCAAAGGAUCGACUAAAAUGAAAAAAGGAGAAAAAGUAAACAAGGAAGCCAUUGAUACUAAUGAAAACAUUAAAAGUAAAAAGUUGAGCGCUGUAAAAAAGACUCCUGCUAAGCGCUGUAAAAGUUGUCCUGCUAAGCAUUCCAAGAGUAAAAAUGUUGGAAGGGUAAAUAAACCUAAAAAACUGUCCAAGACAGUAACCAAGAAAGAAGCUGUAUCUAAAGCUUGUACUCAGAAAGAAGAUUUGCAAGCAACAGUUACACUCAAUCAGUCUAGACUUGAAACUAGCCUUUAUUCUUGUGCUAGCACUAGUGAUAUAUCAAAUGAUUCGGCUGCUCAAGAUUUGGGAAACUGCAUUUCAGAGGACAUUAUUCAGCUCUUAACAUCUGAAAAACCAAGUCAGGCAUAUUGGCAGGAAAUAGCUGAACAAAGAAGAAUCGCUCAUGAAAUAGCUGAACGAAGAAGAAUCGCUUAUGAAAUAGCUGAACAAAGAAGAAUCGCUCAUGAGAAAACUGAUGGAAAAAGAAAAAAGAAAAUGAGAUGGUAUGAAAUGUUCUUAGACAAUGAGAUGCCUGCCGAUGAAAUCAACUUACUGCUAACAGAGAACAUGCAGCUUAAGAGUGCACUUAGAGCUGCAGAAGUAUUGCUUAAACAUAAAAAAGAAGCCUUUUAUAUAUAAGAGUUUUAAUGAGCAACUUUCUGAAAUUGAAGACUAUAAACUUUGUAUUGAGAAAAGUUGCUAGAAAAAUGGAUGGUGUCUCUUUGUGUUGAUGUUCAUUGAAGAAGAUCCUAUAUGCAUUUAAUAUUUCUCAUAUCUAUUUUGUUUUAGAUCAUUCUUCAGUAUUUUUGAUGUUAAUGUUUAUAAAAUUACUUUAUGCAUGUAUGUAUAAAUAUAAUUAUUUUAUUUUUCAUUCUAGUUUUUUUUGUUAUAAUAUUCUUAUUAGUUGGCCAAACAGAUUACUUAAAAAAGAAAGUCUAUGAAUGAAGCUAUAACAUUAAAAAAUCAUCUAUUUAAACUGUACGAAAGCAUCUUCUCAAGUGUUUUCACAUAAAAUUUGUAUUUUAUAACCAGAGAAAGUUCUUUAUUAUAAUAUCAAAAGGACCCUAUGUCUUUUCAUAUUUUUACUUCAUUCAAAUAAAUAAU